AUGGCUUCACGAAGACUGAACUCUGGUGAAGAAGGCAAGGCGGCAGUUCAGAAGUUUGAAUCUGCCGCGGGGAGUUCAUCCUCAGAUGACUCUCCAUCCAGUGACUUCAGCAGCGACUGGAGUCUGCUUGGACAGAUAUCGGACGAGGGGUUCGGCGUCUCUCCAUCAGAGAUCAAAGAGCAGAUGUCUCGAGCCGAUCCUGAUGAGGAUCCCCUAGACUUGGUCUACGACCAGCUCUUCGGUAACUGCACGCCAGAAGAUAUUCGGCGUUUCCAAGAAGAAAUCACGGCGCUCGACCUCUCGACGAGGAGAUUAGCCCCCCUGGUCGAGUCUUCAUCCAACGGAGAGGAUGAAGCUGUUCCCGAGGAAUCUGGAGAUGCAGUUCGCACGUCGGAACGAACAUCCGCAUCGCCAUCGACUCAGAGCACUGCGAUGCCAGGGGAAGGAAUCGGAGGAGCGUCCCCGCACAAUAACGACCACCUCGCUCAGCGAUCCUCGGAGGUUCUCACCGCUCCGAGAGGAGUCGAAGAGGAGUUACUCGGUGUUCGGCCCGUAUCCGAGGACACCGAGACAGAUUCCUCGGAUGACGGAGAUACAGAGAAGAGCGAUUCCUCGGAGGACAACGAGGAAAGUGACCCCGAGGAAGACGAUGGCGUGGUGAACGAGGACGACGGCUGCCUGGACGAGGAACAUCAGUCCCUUGGCGAUCACGCCGACGAUCGCGAGGUUCACGGAGACUUCGACUCCAGCGGAGACGAAUAUCUCAGUUGCGAUGAGCAUCAGGGCGACGCCGGAGUCGACGCCUCCGAAGAGCCCUUCCAGCCAGAUCUCGGGAGCGCCACCCGCGGAGCACGAGCCCAGACAGGACCCCGGAAUUCCUUACCCGCUAGAGAGGGUCAUUAUCGCUGGGACUGCCCUGUGUGCCUAUGCGUCUUCGAGAGCGUGCUGGCAUGGUAUUCGCACCUCAAGCUCCAUGCCAGACGGACGCCGAACGUCUGCGCGAAGUGUCUCAUAAUCCUCCCGAGUGAGCUCGCAGUCCUGGAGCACUUGAAGACCCACCUAGCGGACAAAGUCUUCCCCUGUCAUCGCUGUCGCAUCACCUUCGAGAACAACUCACAGCUGAUCGCGCAUCGAGCGGAGCAUGCCUGCAUCGCUUCGCUGCCUCCGGGAGACCAAGGGAACGUUUCCAGUCUCAGCCAGAUACCGGCGUACGACUGUUCCUUUUGUCCGGCGAGAUUCGCCUCUUCCUUCGCUCUCGCGGCUCAUCGAGGCUUGCACGAGGGAUACCAGUACUUGCAAUGUACGACGUGCAAGUUCCUAUUCAUCAGCCUAGGAGCGUUUCUGGAACAUCGCCGUCUCCAUCUCGAGCUGGAAACUUUCCUCUGUGAUCGCUGUGACUGCCGAUUCCAAACGCAGACAGAGCUGCAUUUCCACUGGCAGUGUAACGAGGGGAUGCAAAAUUUGGCAGAGCUCAUGCAGAGUCAACACGAGCGUAGGCAGAGUCACUUUAGGUAA